UAUAUUUCUAUUAUUUUUCUAUUAUUAUAAUACGUUAUUAAUUUUUUUAGUAUUCUAUUCACUGAGCUCUUUGCUUAAGCUAAACUUAAUUUAAAGCCAUACACAAGGGAAUGUCCACUGUGAAUCACAUCGGGCAGUAAGGAAAAUUUACAGUAAAGAGAUACAAAUUCAAGACCUUAAAGUAGAACCUUCCAAACACUUCACUUUUUAGAGAUGCAUCAUUUCAGAGCAGAGUAAUUCAGUUUCACUAGCAGACCGGAGGUUAAACCAACCCCUUAUUAGAGAUACGGACACAGACAUGAAAUAUAGGGGGGGGGGCGCACACCAUAUCUUAUAAAAACCUUUCAUUCAUAUUUUAAAAACAAUAUGAUUUGUAAUAUAAUAACAUACAUUUUCAAUAUUUUUGUCAUUUCUGGUUUGCAUGACACAUCUACACAUUGCAGCCAACACAAACCUGUAAUGACACAUAAUUUGGAAAGCUCUGCCUUAUAGGCCGUAAAGGUCUCCAGAAGGAUCUAGAGCAGGCAUGGGCAAACUAAGGCCCAGGGGCCAGAUUCGGGCGCUUACCUCAGGCCCUCCUAAUUUUUCCUGUCCUCUUGGCAUAAAGAUGCUGCGGCCUGCCCUUUGGAUCACUCUCAACCACUAAAUGUCUUUCUCUCUUGGCAUUAAGAUGGUGCAAGUGGCACUGUCUUAUGCUGGGAGGACGGCUUAAGCACGGCUUGAGGAAGGCAUUAGGUUGUAAAACAUGUUUUGAUGUUUUGGUGCUUAAUUUGUAAAAUCAAAAUGUAAUUUAAUAGGCUUUUCCUUAAUCCCUCCUUAUUAUCCAACAUUUUCGCUUAUCCAACGUUCUGCCGGCCCAUUUAUGUUGCAUAGGUGAGACUCCACUGUAUAUGUAUGAAGGUGGUUCUUAUCUGGAGAUUGUUGGAUGACAAAUUCCAUUGACAGCACACAUAGAAUCAUAGAAUGGAAGAUCAUCACACAAUGGAAGAUCAUCAGAGGUACUAUCCAACCAGAUCUGGAGAGGCUUCUCAAAGUUUUCAGGGCUUUAAAGGGUGUUGGUGCAACAGUUAAGAUGUGCUCACCUGCACAGCUGGCAGCCAGGUACCGCUCUUCAGAGCCUGUCUUUGGAGCCGUGGCUCCUGGGAUUAUACAAGAUGCUUUGCUUCACAUGGCGAGGGAGAAUGAGCAGUCCUUGAGUAAGCUCUGCAGUGAGGCAGGCAGCUUUAAGGAGACCAAGACAGUGGAAUUCGUGUUUCUUUUAUCUGAAAAAUGGAACCUGACUGAAACGGCAAGAUACCAAGCGAUAGAAAUAUUUGAAAGGUUCAUGCUCACACUUAUUAAAGAGCUCUUCCAUUGCACCAGAGCAAAAGGAGAAGAUUGCAGUUGGACCUCAGUGAAACAGCAAAUUGAGGGCAUAUACGUGUUGCGCCUAGUUUCUUCCAUUCAACUUGCCAGCAAGCUCUCUUUCCAUUACAGUAUUGUUAAUAACAACAUGGUUUUGAAGUUUCUGAAGUCCGUGGGUUACUCUUAUACCACAGAAGAACUGCUGGAAUCUGAACUGGCUAUUUUGAAGGCUCUGCAUUUUCAGAUCAAUGUCCCAGCCCCUUUUGCUUAUGUUGAAAUGCUCCUGGAGGUUUUAGGAUACAAUGGUUACUUACGCCCCACAAAAGAGCUACAGGAGAUGUGCAGAAAUUUGCUGAGCUUAGCAUACCUCUUAAGGAGCAGCAUUUAUGACACUUUGCUGAAGUCAGCAAUCGAAAAUUCAUCUCCAAGUGAGCUCCAGCUAGCUGAGUUUGUAUCUGUAAAGGAAGAUCUCAUGCUCCUGGCUGUGGGAGUCAUUGGUGCAAGCUCUUUCCUGCUGAACCCUGAGGGCUGGAAUCAGGUUGUGGAGUACCUUGGUGACACCACUGGCAUCAGUCUGCAGAGCAUUGUUGAGGCAGUCUAUGCAAUUCUGAAGCACAGCAUGGAUGACUGCUAGAAUCCCCUUCUUCCUGAGACUGAGGCAAUAUACUACUGGCAUCAGGCUGUGUUUUACUGUACUCCUCAUGAAUAUGGAGCUCUUAGAAAUUAUUUUUUUUACAGAAGCAAACAGCAUUCGCAGUUAUAGUUUAAAAUGUUCAUUGCUUUCUCACAGGCUUAAAUUUUCUUUUGUUAACCUUUUAUGGGUAGAUAUUUUAAAGGAAGUCACCUCUAACCCUGCCCAUAGGUGGAGAUCAGUUUUAUUUUUGUAAGCAGUGAAGUAUUGAGUGCUUGGGAGGAGAAAAAAAAUUUAAUCUGCAUAUUUUGUGUUUUCUGAAAGCUUUGUUGGAGGAAGAAGUCUCAGUAUGGAUGAAUUCGUUUAUAAGGGAACUAUUAUAACUAUUUCCAUGUCUGUCCCUUAUGAAUAAAGAUACUGUGUUUUUCUGAAAGAAA